GCAGUGGGCGGCUGCGUGCCACCACUAGACGUGGGCGAGACGGGCACGCAGACGGCGCGGUGCGUCAGCGCGGCGCGGACCGAGCGCGGCGCGGAGCGGGACCCAGAGGUGCCGAGUCUGUGUGUUGUGGUUUGACGGUGACCGGGGAGCGCCAGCCCGGAUUAUACGCGGUGUCGCCCCGUGGCCACUCGCCACGGACCGGUAAUAGAUCGUGCAGUGCAUUGUCAAGUGUUGUGGUGCAGGGUGGCCUGUUCGGCGGUGCAGAGGCGCUGUGUGCCGGGGCCCGCCGGGCGCGGUGUCAGUGCUGGGUGAGCUGCAGUGCCGCGCACCUGUGGCGGAGAGCGCCGCCCGGCCGCAGAUCUGCACAGCGGUGGUCGGCGCCCGAGACGGGGCGCAUACCUGAGUGAGCGGCCCGCCGCGCGCCCCCGUUGGCGGCCGGCCCCGGCGCCCGCCGCCCGACAUGGCCGCCACUGACCCGGCGUUCCGGGCCGUGCCGCGGCGCGCCCCCUGCUUCCUGGUGUGGCGGGUCGAGCAGCUGGUGUUGGUGCCCGUGCCCCGCGACCAGUACGGCCGGUUCCACCGCGGCGACUCGUAUGUGGUGCUGCACUGCGGCGAGAGGGGCGCGCCGCCGUCCGCGCGCGUCCAACAUGCCCCCGGACCGCUGGAGACACACAUCCACUUCUGGCUGGGCUCGGAGACGAGCGCUGAUGAGGCGGGCGUGGCCGCCUACAAGACGGUCGAGCUGGACGAGCUGCUGGGCGGCGGCCCGGUGCAGCACCGCGAGAUCGAGGGCUCCGAGAGCGCCCGGUUCCGCGCCUACUUCCCGGCUGGGCUGCGGAUCCUGGCCGGCGGCGCGGCGGCCGGCCUGACGCACGUAGGAGACAAGUUCGAGCCGGCGCUGUACGCUGUGAAGGGCCGCCGCCAUCCGGUCAUCCGGCAACUCCCGGCCGUCUCCUGGGAGUACGUCAACGACGGCGAUGUGUUCGUACUGGACGCGCGAGAGGCGGUGUUUGUCUGGACGGGAAAACAGGCUAACCCCAUGGAGAAGAUCCAGGCGGCGAGGCUGGCCCAGUCGCUGAAGGGCGAGCACGGAGGAGGAGAGGUGGUGAUCGUGGAGAGCGGCCAGGAGGGCGACCUGUCGCCGGCGGAGCGCGCCCUCUUCGGUCGCCUGCUGCCUCUGAAGGACCGUCACGUUCAGCCGGCUGCGGCGGCCGACAGUGACGAGCGGCACGAGCGGCGGCGCGUGGAGCACCUGCGGCUCUAUCGCUGCAGCGACCACGACGGCUCGCUCAUGGUGAUGGAGGUAAAGUCAGGUCCUCUUCUGCAGAGCGACCUCGACUCUAACGACUCGUUUAUUGUGGACAACGGCGAGCAGGGCAUCUGGGUGUGGGUCGGCAAACGCGCCUCGCACAAGGAGCGAGCUGAGGCCAUGAGGAACGCUCAGGGCUUCAUCAAGAAGAAGGGUUAUGCGCCCAGCACGGCCGUGACUCGAGUCAUCGACGGUGGGGAGCCGAGCGAGUUCAAAACACUCUUCAAGAGCUGGCGCGACCGCCAUGCCGCGGUGGGUCUCGGCAAGACGGCCGUCUCUGGCAAACUGGCGCCGCCGAUCCAGACGAGUUUCGACGCUGCCACGCUGCACGAGAACCGGGCGCUGGCGGCGCAGACGCAGAUGCUGGACGACGGCAGCGGCGAGAAGGAGGUGUGGCGCGUUCAUGAGCUGGAGCUGACGCCCGUGGAGCGGGCCGAGCACGGCACCUUCCUGGACGGCGACUGCUACCUAGUGCUGUACCGGUACCGGGCCGGCGGCGCGGCGCGACAGGUGCUCUACUACUGGCUGGGCGGGCGCGCCUCGCAGCUGGAGCGCGGACAGGCCGCCCUGAAGACGGUCGAGCUGGAUGACCGGCUCGGCGGCCGGCCGGUGCAGGUGCGCGUGGUGCAGGGCCGCGAGCCGCCGCACUUCAUGGUGCUGUUCGGCGGCCGGCUGGUGGUGCUGACCGGCAGCGGCGGCGCGCCGAGCAGCGCCGGGCCGCGACUGCUGCAGGUGCGCGGCGCCGCGCAGGGUGGUACGCGCGCCGUCCAGGUACCGCUCGCCGCUGCAUCGCUCAACUCGGGCGACUGUUUCGUGCUGCACGAGGGCGUGCGCGCCAGCGUCUGGUGCGGCCGCGGGGCGACCGGCGACGAGCGCGAGAGCGCCAAGAAGCUGGCCGGGGAGCUGUGCGCCGAGCCGAGCGUCAUGUACGAGGGCCAGGAGCCAGCCAGUUUCUGGGCGACGCUGGGCGGCCGGGCGCCGUACGCCGGCGAGCGUCCGGCGUCCAGCGAGCAGCCGGCGCACCCGCCGCGCCUGUUCCACUGCUCGGACGCCGGCGGCCGGUUCUCCGUGGGAGAGGUGGUCUCGUUCGAGCAGGCCGACCUGGUGCCGCAGGACGUGAUGCUGCUGGACGCCUGGGACGCCGUGUUCAUCUGGAUCGGCGCCGAGUCGAACGCCACCGAGCGACGCCAGGCCGAACACACGGCGCUCGAAUACCUGCGCACGGACCCGGCCGGCCGCGGCACCGACACCCCCAUCAUCACCGUCCACCAGGGCGCCGAACCGCCCACCUUCACCGGCUUCUUCGGGCCGUGGAGCGACGAGCUGUGGCGCACCCAGCCGGACUGGGAGACGGUGCGGCGCGGUCUGGCCGCCGAGAACGGCGGGCUGGGCCGCGUCAGCCCGGAGGCCGCCGCCGAGACGCUGCCCGUGUACGCGUUCUCGCAGCUGAACGUCAAGGAGGCGGCCCUGCUGCCCAGAGACGUGGACCCGGCCGUCAAGGAGCGCUACCUCUCCCCGGCCGAGUUCAGGGAUGUGUUCGGCAUGACCCUGGAGUCGUUCUCCGCCCUGCCCGGCUGGAAGCGACAGCAACUGAAGAAGAAGGUCGGACUGUUCUGACUUCUGAGCGGCGCUGGGACGUGAUUAUACAGACAUUGGCAGGCGUAUAGCGUGCUUUGGCGAGGAGCGAAGAGAAGAAGAGCUCCUUUCCGAAAUAUGCCAUAGGAGCAUGACGCCCGUAAGAUGAUUUGAUCGGUUAAGUGGUCCAUAUAAAAUGUAUAGUGACAGUGGACAGUGGUUGAUCGUUGUUAAGUGAGCGGUUCUGCUUAGCAGCCGUUUACACCGAUUGUGGAUGGUGUCAAUGUUUGGUAGUGGUCCCGUUUGCCAUACGCUUCACUAUAGCAGUAGGGCCUUGGAUUUGUUCAGUCUGCUUGCCAUCGCAGAUGUGCUUUAUUUAGAUGAGCUAUUUUAUCGUCAUUUUAUCAUUGAUCAAAGUAGCGAAAUAUUUUAUCAGUGAUAGUUUAUAGUAAGCCGUGUAGAUCGAUAAACCAGCCAUACGUUUAAUCAAAUAAUAGGUAGGUAUUUUGAGCUUCAGCAGUUGUCCAAAUGUGGCAGUGUUUUGCAUUAUUAGAUGAAGAGAAAAACCUU